AUGGCCGAGGCUCGUGUGAACGCGCAAGUGGAGUGCCGAGAGGACAGGCGAAGCUUUUCACAGUGGGGUAGUCCAGGGUAUUCCCAGGUGAACCCUAGGACAUCCCCAGGAGAGGCCCAGGACAUCCCCAGGAGAACCCCAGGACAUCCCCAGGCAAGGCCCAGGACAUCACCAGGAGAGGCCCAGGACAUCCCCAGGCAAGGCCCAGGACAUCCCCAGGCAAGGCCCAGGACAUCACCAGGAGAGGCCCAGGACAUCCCCAGGCAAGGCCCAGGACAUCACCAGGAGAGGCCCAGGACAUCCCCAGGAGAACCCCAGGACAUCCCCAGGAGAACCCCAGGACAUCCCCAGGCAAGGCCCAGGAGAACCCCAGGAGAGGCCCAGGAUAACCCCAGGACAUCCACAGGAGAGGCCCAGGAGAGGCCCAGGACAUCCCCAGGAGAGGCCCAGGACAUCCCCAGGAGAGGCCCAGGACAUCCCCAGGAGAGGCCCAGGACAUCCCCAGGAGAGGCCCAGGACAUCCCCAGGAGAGGCCCAGGACAUCCCCAGGAGAGGCCCAGGACAUCCCCAGGAGAGGCCCAGGAUAUCCCCAGGAGAGGCCCAGGACAUCCCCAGGAGAGGCCCAUGACAUCCCCAGGACAUCCCCAGGAGAGGCCCAUGACAUCCCCAGGAGAGGCCCAGGAUAACCCCAGGACAUCCACAGGAGAGGCCCAGGAGAACCCCAGAACAACACCAGGACAUCCCCAGGAGAACCCUAGGACAUCCCCAGGAGAGGGCCAGGAUAACCCCAGAACAACACCAGGACAUCCACAGGAGAGGCCCAGGAGAACCCCAGAACAACACCAGGACAUCCCCAGGAGAGGCCCAGGACAUCCCCAGGAGAGGCCCAGGACAUCCCCAGGAGAGGCCCAGGACAUCCCCAGGAGAGGCCCAGGACAUCCCCAGGAGAGGCCCAGGAUAUCCCCAGGAGAGGCCCAGGACAUCCCCAGGAGAGGCCCAGGACAUCCCCAGGAGAGGCCCAGGACAUCCCCAGGAGAGGCCCAGGAUAUCCCCAGGAGAGGCCCAGGACAUCCCCAGGAGAGGCCCAUGACAUCCCCAGGACAUCCCCAGGAGAGGCCCAUGACAUCCCCACGAGAGGGCCUGGAUAUCCCCAGGAGAGGCCCAGGAUAUCCCCAGGAGAGGAGAGGCCCAGGACAUCCCCAGGAGAGGGCCAGGAUAACCCCAGAACAACACCAGGACAUCCCCAGGAGAGGCCCAGGAGAACCCCAGAACAACACCAGGACAUCCCCAGGAGAGGCCCAGGACAUCCCCAGGAGAGGCCCAGGACAUCCCCAGGAGAGGCCCAGGACAUCCCCAGGAGAGGCCCAUGACAUCCCCAGGACAUCCCCAGGAGAGGCCCAUGACAUCCCCAGGAGAGGCCCAGGAUAUCCCCAGGAGAGGCCCAGGACAUCCCCAGGAGAGGCCCAUGACAUCCCCAGGACAUCCCCAGGAGAGGCCCAUGACAUCCCCAGGAGAGGCCCAGGAUAUCCCCAGGAGAGGCCCAGGACAUCCCCAGGAGAGGCCCAUGACAUCCCCAGGACAUCCCCAGGAGAGGCCCAUGACAUCCCCAGGAGAGGCCCAGGACAUCCCCAGGAGAGGCCCAGGACAUCCCCAGGAGAGGCCCAUGACAUCCCCAGGACAUCCCCAGGAGAGGCCCAUGACAUCCCCACGAGAGGGCCAGGACAACCCCAGGAGAGGCCCAGGAUAUCCCCAGGAGAGGCCCAGGACAUCCCCAGGAGAGGCCCAGGACAUCCCCAGGAGAGGCCCAUGACAUCCCCAGGACAUCCCCAGGAGAGGCCCAUGACAUCCCCACGAGAGGGCCAGGAUAACCCCAGGACAUCCCCAGAAGAACCCUAG